UUAGUAGUCUUUCUCCAAUCAUACGAAUUAAGGCCUAUAGGCCUAAUGGACAAUGCGUCUACUACAUCUAAUCGCUCACCCGUGUAGAUGUGUGCUAGAUGCUAUUGUGCGUGUGGGAAUGACAAACACUUUUAGUUUUCAAACAAGACUUUUUAAACGAGACCUGUCAGUGGGUCCCUUGAAAAAAAAACUAUAAUUUCUACGUUUUUGCUAGACAAACGGAACUGGUAGACUCUCUCUUAUGAACGUCUGGCCGGAAAUGACUCGUCAUGGGGGAGGCUUGACCAAGUUUACGUCCGUGGAAAUAAGGGAAUUUCUCAAUUGAAAAGUUAUGCAUUGUGCAUUUUGAGAGACUGAGAAGGCAAAUAUACGUCCGCAAAGUUAUAUACUAGUGGGUCUUCCAACCGUUUGGUAAGGAAAUGUGUUCCAGACAUUAUUGAUGGCUAACACUGUAAAGUUCAGGCACUGGAGAUAAGUUUGAAAUGUGCAGGGCUAUGGUGUGAAGGAGAUUAUUGUAGUAGCAUAUAGAAACACCUCUCUGCAUUUUCGAACUUGCUAGAUUGGAUCGAAGUGAAGACGAAAACCUGUAUGCCGACUGAUACAUUCCAGAAAGGAGCGCACGACGCAAAACAUGAUGACCGACACACGCCCGAACACGGGGACUUCAACAGAAGCUGGCCUAACGAAGAGCCAAGUGGGAGGCUAUGAAAUCUCCAUUCCAUUUGAGGAGAACAACGUGGACACGACAAGCUAUUUGAAUCAAAAUGAACGACUAUUUGAAGGUAGGUUAACUUUUCCUUCUCUCUUUGUGCCUUUAUUUUACCCUCCCCUCUCUUGUGGCUUUGUGGUACUCUACACUAGUGUAAUCUUUGCCAUAGAUCACCCAACCACUGGACAACCGGUCGUGUGUGACUCCUACCUGCUGAUCUCAAACCUCCGCAUGCAUCUUCAGAUCUCCUUGGAGAAAAACUCGUGGCUGCAGAAACGCAUCGAGGACCUGGAGGAGGAGAGGGACUUCUUACGAUGCCAGCUGGACCGCGUCAUCAGUAUCACCAAGAGCCUAGAGUUUACCAACGACCGACAAGGUGACACUCCACAGCCCAGCCCACAGAAGACCCCAGCCCGCCGUCCGGCGACUCCGUUCCCAGCUCCCAUGACUACCCGGUCAGCUGUAUCCCGUCAGCAGCAGCAAAAGCAACAGCCGACAAGCCUCAAGCGACCCAGCACCGCUCAGGCUGAUGAAGACUAUGAGGACGUUGUGGAGGAAUACCUAGAGGAAGAUGGUUACCUGGAGGAAGAGGAAUACAUAAUGUCUAGUGAGGAGGGUGGCAAAAGGUCUAAGAAGGGAAGAUCUGGAGGCCGGGCCAGCUCCCCUAUAGUGCCACACGUCAAAAGGACUCGUGUGUUCCGAAUCAAGAGAGCCAUGGAAAGGCAGCGAGUGAAAGACCCAGCUGGCGUUCUUAUCCGCUACAAAAAGAUUCUGGUGACUUAUCAGAAACUGAAGAGCAUGGCCAAGGCCUUCCAGGUGCACGGUGUCGACCGCAACACCGUCGCGUCCACUACGCCCAUCGCCGAGCUCCUCCUGGUCGCUCCCGAGAAGGUGCCCGACGUGGGCGAGUUUGACCCGUCCAAAGAGAAGCUCCUCGACUACGCGCGGCGAUGCUACAAGGCACUGGACGAGGCCUCGCAGGCCAAAGUGCAGGCCCUGAAGAAAAACAACCUCCUUCUGCCCAUUUCCUAUCGCUUCCGGAACUGAGGAGUCUGAAGUGGUGAUCCUUCUAAAAGGACUCCUCUCCUAAUCGUUUCGUAAAGUGACAGGCAGUUGGAGAUUGAAUUUGAGAGGAACCGGUUCCAUUAAGCAAGACUCAAAGAGGGCUGUUGUCACAAUUACAUAUUUUCUCUACCUCAGCUCUUGUGCAAAAGUGAGGGGCCGAAUUAAGUCAGAUAAAAUGGAUGUGGUCAAUCGUGAGGAAAGUUCCCAGGAGUUCCUGAGACUGCAGAGGUUCAGCUUCCUCCUCCAAACUUCAAGUUCGGGUGAAAAAGAGAAGUUUGGACAAACCUCAUAGGACUGAUUAUAGCAAAUUCUGAGAGGCUAUGUGCAUCUUUCAAGUUGAGAAAUGGCACAGAAUCAGUUAAACAUAUUUGAAGUGAAUGAUGUAGUAGGUCACUGUAUCCCAAAGGCUCCUUUGCCCCUCAUACAUUUCUUUUCCCCUUUUAGAUCUUUAUUUUACACAAUGAGUGUAUUGAGACAAGGACCACAUUUAUUCCACUUUCACAACCAGCAUUUGACCCUUUUUGUAUAGUUUUUUUUAGUACACCAUAGAUUUGUCAUUUCUUCCCGAGUAUUGUUUACCUUCCUAGAUAUGUGCCUCCACUUGGUGUCUUAUCCUCUGCCCUUGGUUUGCUCAUGGACCAAGAUGCCUGGUGAUUUAAAGUAAAGGACUAAUGUGACUGCUGGCCAAGGAAUGGUUAUUUGGGAGUAUUUGUUAAAAUGAAUGUGGAUGGUCCUAUCCAUGAGGAUGUUUUAUUUGUAUACAAUCGGUGCUUUACUUUCGCUUUACCAAAUCCAUGUUAAAAACCCAAACAAACAAAAAACGAAACUGAAACGUAUUAAGGGAAUUCUGUCUCACUGGAGUUUGCAAUGUAGUUUGAAUAUGUGAGUGGUAGGCGUGCUGUCCUGCAAGACGUGUACACUAUGGGAUGUAAUGCGGAGUCUGUGGAUUAUACUCUCUUCCACUUGUACUUCUUCUUGUGUAGAGAUUCCCUGUUCCCCCAUUCACCUCCUCCAUUUAUGAAUGGGGAAUAAACUGCUUAGAGGUUUUGAUA